CCGGGUAAACGCUUCGUGACCUUGGUUAGUUUAUCGUCAUGGCGGCCAUCGUCAGGAUAAGUUCUGUCUGCCACAGAGGAGUCAAACCUCUGUUCUACCGGAGUUCUCUCCUCGCUAGACCCCUGGUGUCUCAGAAGAAGGAGCAUGAACAUCAGCAGCCCCUGCUUCUCACAGCCAGGCUCCACGCCUCACCCUCGCUUUACGCGGGCUCUGGUUCCAAAGCGGCAUCUCUUCACUGGACAGGUGAGCGUGUGGUGAGCAUCCUAUUGCUGGCCAUGGGCCCCAUGGCCUACUACUAUCCUGUCCCCACCAUAGACUACUCCCUGGCCGCCGCCCUCACCCUGCACGGACACUGGGGGAUUGGCCAGGUGUUGACAGACUACGUCCACGGAGACACCAAGAUCAAGCUUGCCAACACUGGGCUCUUUCUUCUGUCCACCGUCACCUUCGCUGGCCUCUGCUACUUCAACUACAACGACGUGGGCAUCUGCAAAGCUAUAGCUCUGCUGUGGAGCAAAUGAGUACUGGACUGAGGCUGGGGGGAAGGGAAGGAGCAGGGCUACCCUGACCACUGACAAGGGCAGGAGUCUUGUUUUUGAUUGUAAACAUUCAAGGGAUUUUAUGUAAAUUCUAUAAAUAUAUCAUUUUUGACAAUAUGACAGUGAUUCACAAGCGUGUUAAUUGUAAUUCAUGUUGAUGGACGAUUUGAGAUCCUAUUUCUGGUGCUUAAGUUAUGGAUUGGAGAGUAGUCUGCUUCUUCUCUAAAAUGUCACUCAUCUUGUUCGUGGAGCUGGACUGUAGACCGAACACAAGUCGGGACCCCAGACAGACCAUAACCGCGUUCAACUUUAAUCCUCUCUGAGAUGUCCCUGUGUCUGCUCUUAUUACUUCCUGCAGUCUAGGUUUGCUAUGAUGCCAAUUAUAAUGUUGAUGAUGAUGAAGGAGUCUCCCUCUUCCUAUUUAGUGUGUCUCCUCCCAUCUGCCUGCUUCAGAUGUCCACACUUGAAUUUAGUAGUCUAAACCUUAAUUUAUUACCCCAAUGUUACCCAUGUAGGACAGUUCUGUCGUCAUGUAGUUGUGUUCACUUUAGUAACAUGUAGAUUGAAUCCUCAUGGUGGUUUGAUUCAUGAUCACGAGUAACACCCCACAAAUCCCUCUGGUCGGACCCUGGUCGUCUGCACUAUCCUCUGUUUUCAGUCCGUUGACCACUGACAGUGUUAAUCUGCUAGAACACUUGAUGUUGGGCUUUCUUGGCUUUUCCGUGAGCAUGUUCUUCUGACCAGAUGCUUCUGCUAGCCUCAGCUAGCGGAAGCAGACAGUAGAGCUGCUCAGGGUCAUUCCUUUAACAGCCACUAGAGGGAGUGAAAAAGCAGGCUGGGGAUUGGUCAUCCUGAUCUAGGCAGAAUGAAGUUCUAAAAAUCCAACCUUCCUAACCCUCUCUAUACGGAGUAAUCGCAGAUAAAAAAUGACAGUUGGGAACACCUGUGUACAGAAAUGUCCUUCCCCACCCAGUCAUGUUAGGUGAGAGCUGACCUGAGAGGAAGGGUUUUUGUCUUGGUUGUUUUCAACAGAUCUGGUGGCCCUGUCCCAGACAUUUCUUUCUGCUGAUGCUCUUCAAUUUCCUGUGAGAUGACAUCAAACAGCAAUAUGCUGUACUGUACUGCACUGUACUACACUGUACUGUACUGUACUAAUGUCGGAUGCCCGAUGCAAUGCUCUUGUGUAUUUUUGCCGUUUGCUCUGUUGUUCAGUAACCAAGAUUUUAAUUUCAGUAAUUGUUUCAACAAGAACAAUUGCCAUAAAUUAUUUCCCUGAAACACAAUCUACAUGCAUGCAGAUGUUCAUAAGGGCACAGAGCUUUAUUUUUGUAUUUUUGGAUGGAGUGCUUGUUCACAGAAACAAGCUAACUGGUGAUCUCUGUUGAAAGUGCCAGAAAAGGGUAACCAGUGUUAGACUAGUGUGCUCGUAUUGCUCUAAUAUAUAAAUGUCUGAAAGAUCACACACGGACAUCCAGCUCUGAGUCUUGUCUGUUUGUUUUUUGUCUCAGUAUCUUUGCAAUCUUUUCUGAAUCUGUUCCAACUGAUAUCUACGCACAAACAAGCUUUGGCAGAAUACUGCACCUUAAAAGCCUACAGAAUAAACAAAUUAUUAUGGA